UGGAACCAGGAACGGCUGGUUCGGAAGGGCCAUGGGCCAUGCAUGUCACAUUUGCUCAUGGCCGCAGAUAACCUUGUUGGGAAAUACGCAGGUUGGUAUUUUUCCAGUAGGCAGGGCAGGUAGUUCAGGUAGUUCCACACCUUCCAGAUCAUCCAUCCGUUUUCAUUGGCUCCACUCUCGCUUCCAUUGGUAAUAAGACUUAAGUCAAGUCCUCUUUUUUCCUACGCUCCUUCAAAAAAUCUCUGACUCAAUCUCAAUUGUUAUAAAGACUGUUGUAACCCUCCAAACCUUCAAUCUCGCUUCUGAUAAUUCACCAUCACUUCGUGUCUUUUGUUCAUUGAGUCAUUUGAUAGGUUUGUCCCUUUGUUGUUUCCUUCCCCAAUACAAUUCCUGACUUUUGCCAGAACUCAUUUCCCCUCAUCCUCAAAAAAAUGGCACCCUCCGCUAUCACCCCACCACAUGCGGUCCAGGAAGCCGCUGAACUCACAGCAGCGGCUGUUGAGAAGAAACUCGCCCAGACAGCUACAGCAGUAAACGUCGUGUCGAAAUUAAAGUCCCUCGAUGCUUCGAAGUUGAUCUUCACCAAGACGAAAACACCAAUGAGUGUUCCGGAACCUGAUGACCCAAUUAUCAACACUUCUUCUCAAUGUACGGAUCAUAUGAUUACCGCAGUCUGGCGAUCCACCACUGGAUGGGACGCUCCUGAAUUGAGACCAUAUGGCAAUCUUUCUCUUGCACCAACGGCAUCAUGUCUUCACUAUGCAACCGAGUGUUUCGAGGGGAUGAAGAUGUACAGAGGCUAUGAUGGGAAACUGAGAUUAUUCAGACCCGAUUGCAACUGCAAACGCAUGGUAAAUCCCCUUCCAAUUCCUCCAAAUAACUUUACCAAGUGUCAUUCUAAACAAACCAAACAGUUAAUUUCAUCAACCCGUAUUGCACUUCCCGGAUUCGACCCCAAGGAACUAGAAAAGCUAAUCAUAGCCAUGAUCGCCGUCGACGGCCCCAAAUGGCUCCCCAAAUCCCGUCCAGGAACAUUCCUCUACCUCCGUCCCAGCAUGAUCGGUUCAGCUGGCGCCCUCGGAGUUGCGAGUCCCAAAGAAGCAACUCUCUUCAUCAUCGCAACUUUCAUGCCCAAACUCGAACAGCCUACCGGCCUAAGACUUCUCGCUUCCUGCGAUGGAGUCCGGGCCUGGCCCGGUGGGUUCGGGUUCGCUAAGGUAGGCGCUAAUUACGGACCGACGUUGAUGGCUACGAAAGAAGCUUCGGAACGUGGGUACCAUCAGGUUCUUUGGCUGCUUGAUGGACAUGUUACGGAGGCGGGGGCGUCGAACUUUAUGGUUGUUUGGAGGACGAAGGAGGGGGGUUUGCAGCUUGUUACUGCGCCGCUUGAUGACAAGAUCAUUCUCGAUGGAGUGACGAGACGGAGUAUUUUACAGCUAGCGCGGGAGAGGCUUACUGGUUCAUCAGAGAGGUUAGAGGGACUGGAGGCCUUGGAGAUUGUAGAGAGGAGAUUCACGAUGGAGGAAGUCGUUGAGGCUGUUAAGGAGGGGAGGAUGGUUGAGGCCUUUGGGGCGGGGACUGCUGUGAGUUUCCCUUCUACCUUCCAAUAUGAUCCCGCGCUUGAACUGACAUCUGGAUAGUUCUUCGUUGCUCCCGUCUGCGCUAUCGGCUACAAAGACGUAGACUACACUAUCCCCAUGGCCCGGGGCGAUAGCGGGGAGUACGCACAUCUCAUCAAGACCUGGUUGAUGAACAUCAUGUACGGCAAGGAAGACCACGAAUGGGGUGUCGUCAUCGAUGAGAAGGAGGAUUUCUAAAUCUCUUCCCUUCCUCUGUUUUCUUUCCGUUGAAGUUGGUGGACUUCCAGUGGAUGAGUUGGGUGCACCGGCUAUAGACUUUGUUUUGUUUUUGUUUUUUCUUUUCUUUGCUUCGCGUAGGCAUUGGCGAUGGCGUUACAUAUACCGGUGUUUGGGGCUCUUACAGUACUUUCCUUUCUCCCUGUCGGUAUAUAAUUAUAGUGAUUAGCACCUCGUACGAGAGCCUGGUGGUUCUACAUGCUUGGUGUCAUGUGAGUGGCUUGCCACUCACAUACUUAAGCUCGUAGAGUACCACCUCUCUCUACCUUUACUCUUCACGAACAAAUGAAUACACCGAUUUAGUUACCCCAACAGAGGGUGAUCAGAAUCCCGUAUUCGCCGUCGUCACGACCACCAGGUCGUACCAACACUCCC